UCGUUUGCCCUUUCGGGAGGCUCAGGUGUCACCCUCUGCACCAUUGAGGAUCUUGCUUUAAAUUUCUGUCAGACAUUUUUCUUUGGUAUGAACAUUAUUGCAGUCAACGAUUGCUGUUUGCGUCAUGAUCAGUGCUACUCGUCCUGUGCUGUACCGCAGAUAGCGUGUGACAAUGAGUUCUGCGCAUGUCUCGGGACUAUACCUGCCACUCUUCACUGCCAAAAUAACUUAGCUCUUCACUGCAACGCCGUACAUUUGCUCGGACACAAAUACAUCUGUCCAUUUAUGGCACAGCCUCCUACAGACUAA